AAAUACAUAAGCAGUAUAAGAGAUUAAAUAAAAAAGAAUGUAAAGAUUAGAUUCUGAUACAACAUACAACAGGAAGAGUGGUUUAUAAAGAAUAGAAUAACCAUAAUGUGGCGUGUGAUAGAGUCAGCUAACCAUAGUUUGCAUAAUGAUGAUGAUGAAUUGAACUUUAAUAUAAAGAAAUGUAAAUGAAAAUUAUGUCAAAAUAGAUGUAAAUAUCAGCUAUCCUAAUUGUGUGAUUUCUAUUUAAUUAUAAAUGAAAUGAUCUUCCAAAUAUCAAUUAAACAAUCAAACAGAAUUUUGCUAAUUGCUAUAAUUUUUCUAUGUAUGAUAAUAAUGCCAAUAACUACAGAAGGUAUUACAUGCUUCAAAUGUCUUGCAUCACAACCUGGACAUGAAAAAACUGAUUUAUUAUGUUCUCAAUUUGAUGGAAGUUCUCGAUUUCAAGUACAUUGUCCUUCAUCUACACUUUGUAGAAAAAGAACAAUUUAUUCCAAAUUUAAAACAUCUCUAGUCACAGCUGUAGAAAGGGACUGUGCUCCUCAAAAACGUACAGUACGAAUUUAUAGCGAUAAUAAGUGGCAAAACAAAGAAGAAAUUGUAACAUCCGCUUACAAACAAGGUUGUUUUAUCGGUGAAGAUAGGGGAGCACCAGCAGGUCCACCAGAAUAUUGUUUUUGUGGUCAUCAUUUAUGCAAUUCAUCACAAUCAAUUGAAACCAUCAAUAUAUAUAAUAUUUUUAUAUUAAUAACAGUAUUUCUAUUUAUAACAUUAUUAUGAUAUUUUUCUUUAAGUACUUAUUGUGAUAAGAAACAUUUUUUUAAAUAUGUAUUCAUAAUAAUUUGAAAAAAGUAUAAAAAAAAAUUAAAAAAAAAUUAUUAUAAAAUAAAUAAAAAUAAAUUUUUGUUUUUAUAAUACUAUAUCUCAUCAAUCAUUAAAUUGUAAAUUAAUAGAAACAUCUGAAUAAAUAGAUAACAUAAUAA